CCCCGGCGAAGGUGGGAAGAGGGGCCACGUCACUGUCCCCAGGUCCGGGAGAACGCGGCUCCGCCCCGCCCGCCCCCGCCCGAGCCCUGAGCAGGAUCGAGGACCCAUCGGCCCCAACUCCGGGCCAGUUCAGUCGCCGCCGCCGCCGCCGCCACCCACAAAGCCACAGGCAGGUGCGGACGCAGCCGCGGCGCCGCCGGCAGAGCAGAGCCGUUAGCGAGCGCGCGGUUCGUCGGUGCGUCGGUCCGUCCGUCGGGGCGUCUUCAGUCGGCGCGCCGCCGUUCUUGCCCAGGCCCAGCGGCCGCGCCCCUCGUCGUCCCUGCACCCGGAGCCGCCCGGCCGAGCCGGCUUUGGAGCGGCAGCCAUGUCCAUGGGCCUGGAGAUCACGGGCACCGCGCUGGCCGUGCUGGGCUGGCUGGGCACCAUCGUGUGCUGCGCGCUGCCCAUGUGGCGGGUCACGGCCUUCAUCGGCAGCAGCAUCAUCACAGCGCAGAUCACCUGGGAGGGCCUGUGGAUGAACUGCGUGGUGCAGAGCACCGGCCAGAUGCAGUGCAAGGUGUACGACUCGCUGCUGGCGCUGCCGCAGGACCUGCAGGCGGCCCGCGCCCUCAUCGUGGUAGCCAUCCUGCUGGGUGCCUUUGGGCUCCUCGUGGCGCUCGUGGGCGCCCAGUGCACCAACUGCGUGCAGGACGACACCGCCAAGGCCAAGAUCACCAUCGUGGCGGGCGUGCUCUUCCUGCUGGCCGCCCUGCUCACCCUGGUGCCGGUGUCCUGGUCGGCCAACACCAUUGUCCAGGAUUUCUACAACCCGAUCGUGCCCGAGUCGCAGAAGCGCGAGAUUGGCUCGGGCCUGUACGUGGGCUGGGCGGCGGCGGCGCUGCAGCUGCUGGGGGGCGCGCUGCUCUGCUGCUCGUGCCCCCCGCACGAGAAGAAAUACGUGCCCGCCAAGAUCCUCUACUCGGCGCCGCGAUCCGCCGGGCCGGGCACGGGCACCGGCACCGCCUACGACCGCAAGGACUACGUCUGAGGGCCCGCCGCGCGCCACCACCGACACGUGCUGGAGCGCCCACCAGUCCAGCCGCCCACCUCGCAUCGGAAGCCAGCCCUGCCCCGAUGUCCGGCAGCCCUCUCACUGGACUGGCAGGGGCCGGCCCGUCGCCCCUUUCCCCAGCUGCCACCCCUCCGCGGGCAGGCGGUGGGACAGCGAAGCCUGGGGAGCAGCCCGCAUAGACAAUGAAACCUCCCACUCUGGAGUGCGGGGUGGGGUGGCCACGCUGACCUGCGGGAGGCCUCAGAGCCCUUGUUGGGCAGGCCCCGGCAGCCUUGAAAGGGGCCACUUGAUGUUCUCCAAUAAAAGCCUUUCGUUUUGCAGUU